UUUCUACUGCGGUUCCGGUCGCUGCAGAAUAUGCUUCGCAACAUGCUCAAGAUCGAUCCAUAAUAUCGUCCUCAAGAUCCUCAAUGAUAUUGUAAAUCUGUUCAGUGAGCUUAUUGGAUUGAGGAGACCAAUUGGUAUGGGCCAAAGAAAACAAUUCAGCAUCAAACAGCUCGUCACUGUAGAGCCUGUGAUUUUCUUCUAUGCAUUUGCAUUAUUUAUGCAUCAACCAGUAAUUCAGCAAUACAUAUAUUUCCGUAUUGCAAAAGCUAAAGGGUUUCCAUAUGAGACAAACAAAGCUAGCAGCUGUGGAAAUGCAACAUCUCUCAAUAGUACUCUUAUUGAACUUGAAAAAGAGGUUCAAUCACUAUCAUCCUAUGUUCUCCUUGGAGUUGUACUUUUCUCCUCAAUACCAUCUCUCUUCACCUCUCUUUUAAUUGGGAGCUGGACUGACUCAAGAGGAAGAAAACCUGCAUUACUUCUGCCAGCACUUGGUAGUUCCAUAGAGGCUGGUUUAGCCAUUGCAGUCAUGUAUAUGGAGUGGCCAGUAUAUGUAUUGUUUAUUGGUGGUGCUAUUAAUGGUAUUUCUGGUUACUUCACUACUGUCGUAAUGGGUGUCAUGGCAUACGUUGUUGACACAACUGAUGAAUCACACCACUCUGUUCGCUUGGCUGUUCUUGAGCUACUGACAUAUGCUGGAGGUAUGGUCAGUCAACUGACAAGUGGUCUUUGGAUAGAGAAGUAUGGUUUUAUAACCCCUUACUGGUUCAUCCUUGGGUGCCUGCUUUUUUCAGUUCUGUAUACUGCAAUCUUUGUACCUGAAUCAAGGCCCCCUUCAGAUUUACCAGAUGAAAAAGUUAGUUUUUUUAGCUGCAAAAGUUUAAAAAGAAUCUACAAAGUGUAUUCAGCCCCUAGAGAAGGAGGAAGACGUAAUUUGGUCCUGAUAACAAUUUGCAGUGGCAUUUUGCAAUCAGUAUUAAUGGGUCUUACUGCUACCAUUACACUUUUUAUGAUUCAUACGCCGUUGUGUUUUUCACCUGAAUGGGUUGGUUAUUUCACUGCAUGGAGAAGUCUUUCCAUUGGUCUUGGAGCAAUAUUGGGAAUCAAACUUUUGGGAAAGUGUUUUUCUGAGUUGACAAUUGCAAGAUUUGGAAUCUUGACAAGGUUAGGCUCUCUGGUGCUAUUGGGGUUUUCCACGACAAAGCUUCUAAUAUAUAUGGUUCCACUUGUUGGCUUGUUAAAUGGUUGUCCACUCCCAAUCAUGAGAGGAAUGUUAUCAAGAAUUGUUAGCAGUGAUGAACAAGGUGCCCUAUUUGCUGCUGUGGCUUCACUUGAGACAUUGUCAAACUUCCUUGGCUCGUUCAUGUUCAACACCCUCUACCCUGCAUCAUUAAAAGCAGAUUUUCCACCAUUUGUGUUCCUUCUUGGGGCAGGUCUCACCAUAAUACCAUUUGUUCUUUUGUGGUUUCUUAAGAAUCCAAGAUCAUUGUUAACCAAAAGAGACCGCGUACAAAUUGUCGGAAACUCUGGAGAAAUUGAUGAUGACAGUUUAAAAAACACUGUUGACAAUUUUGAUCCAGACUCAUCUGCAACAGAAACAUCUCCAUUAACUGAUAGUAUGCGGCACCGUGGAAGCUACACCAACAAUGCUGCACCUGAAGCAGUGGCUUAGAUGUAAUGGGCUGCCUGUGGAUGGCAUAGAAUAUUAUUGUACACAUGAAUUGAAUAUUUCUCCUACACUAUUUUUAAUUAUGAAUGCAAUCAUCACAUGGCACAAGUUUUGAUAGGCCAUUAAUUUUCAGGUUCAGCUUUAAAUUUUCCAGAACAUUCAAGAUUAUCAUCUGAUAUUAUAUAUAAUUAACGUUUUAAUGAAAUGAAAAAAAAAAUGUUAUAAAACAACAAAUAAAUGAAGAAAUAUUGAGA